CUCUCCACACAGGAAGACCACAGACUGAAACUGAGAAAGAAGAAGAGAAGAUUGUUCUCCAGCAGCUGAAUCAUCAUCUUCAACAUCUGCAUCAUCUCCACCACGAAGAUGCUGACUGUGUCUCUGCUCGUUUGUGCCAUGAUGGCUCUGGCUGCAGCUGAUGACGCUUCCACCGUCAGCCCAUCAGUCGAUGUCCGUUCUUGUCCCGAUGGAUGGAACGAGAACAAUGGUCGCUGUUUCAAAUUUGAGCCAAGACUUCUGACUUGGGCUGAGGCUGAGAAAAACUGCCAGAGCAUGAAAGGAAACCUUGCAUCUGUGCACAGUAUGGAAGAGGAUCAGUUCCUUCAGGCGAUGAUAAGAUCACAGACCUCAAAUAAUCCCGACAACUGGAUUGGAGGCUCUGACUGCCAACAGGUAAAUAUUUGGCUCUGGAGUGAUGGCAGCGUUUUCUCCUUUUCGUUCUGGUGUCUAGGGGAACCUCAAGGUGACAUUCAGGGUUGUAUCCCGAUGAAUCAUGGAGCGGGAACUUGCUGGGAUGAUCAACAGUGUUCCUCCUACAACCCAUCUGUCUGUGCCAUCAACAUGUGA